CAUUUUUAAUUACUUAUCCUAAAAAGAAUAAUACUUUAGAAGGACAUUAAAGGCAAAUUUAAAUUUCAUAAAAACUGUGGGGAAAUGUUGAAUACUUCUAAGAUAUAGCCAAAUAUAUUGGAUUUUCGGAUAUGAGUAAAGAAGGUGACAAAAGGAAGUCUGCACUUGAACGACUGAAAGUGUUAGCAGGGUUGUUUGUGGUACUCAGCAUUAUUAUAAUGAUUUGUGCGGGAUUAGGCACCACUUACCGUGACAAGGAUGCUUUUGGACCGCCGUAUUAUAUUGGUGGAUUUAUUGUCGGACCAUUGGCCUUUCUUGCAGCAUUGUUGUUGGUGAUUUCCUUAAUGGGAUCAAUGGGUAAAUCUGUUGAGGAUGACCAAUGGACAGAAUUAGCUCCCAGGCUAUCUUGUCAAUAUGCACUAUCGACGCUCCUUAUUCCUGGGUGUUUCAUUGGGUGUAUUUUUACUGGUAUCUGGGGUUUAAAUUCCGAUGAGGAUGAGGAAAAUAGCCAAACGAACAAAAAUAUUGCUAUUAUCAUACUGACAGCAAUUAUUUGUGUUUUUGUGGUAACCAUCAUUUCGAUGGGCACGAUUCGAUCGUAUGGUAAAUACUUCGGUGUAAUCAUAGACAAAAGAGGCAGACAGACAGUUUUUGUGUCAAACAAUACAUCUGAUAAUGGAGCUGGCGUUGGUAGAGCCAAUCAAAGUUCUAGUGGUGUGGUAGUUCAUAACAAUAUGAACAUCUUCUCGACCGAUACAAACCAGCAACAUGUCAGUCAACUUGAAAGGGAGAACAGACUUUUGCAACAACAACUUGCUUUACAGCAACAAAUGAUGUCACAACAAAGGCAACAGCAACAACAGUUUACAGGGGGCAUGUAUCCACCCCCGCCGCCGUCUUAUUCCGACACGGAUCCGGCAUACCCACCAACUGCGUCAUUUCCUGGCCCAAGUGCACCCCCACCCCCAUACUCUAAGGGCGUAUAAAUAACAGUUUAUUUAAGACUUAAGAUUCCAUGAAAAAACUUUAAAAUGUUUUAUGUAAGUAAAUGUGAUAAAAAUUGUUCUGUGAUAUCAAUCAGGGUUGAGUUAUAUGUUUGAAAACGCUUUUUUAAUUCAGCCCUACAUGCUUUUUGUAUU